GAUUCGCUUAAAAUUAAAAUUAACUCAUUUCUCAUCGUGGGUUUUCCGCCCUCCGUCUUCCGUCCUUCGUCCUUCGUCCUUCGUCCUUCCUUCUUCUUCUACUUAACUCAUCCUCGCCUUUCUAGUUUAAGAUGGAUUCUUCAGUGGAGGAUUGCUCUUCCGGUACUCUUAGAUUUAUGGAGCUUGCCAUUCAGCAGGCCAAACUCGCACUACACAGCCUUGAAGUGCCUGUGGGCUGUGUGAUUGUUGAAGAUGGGAUGGUCAUUGCCACUGGAAGAAACCGCACUACUGAGACCCGAAAUGCCACCAGACACGCAGAGAUGGAAGCUAUUGAUAUCCUGAUUGAGGCAUGGCAAAGAGAUGGACUUUCAACCUCAGAAGUGGCUGAUAAAUUCUCGAAGUGCAAACUUUAUGUUACCUGUGAACCAUGCAUUAUGUGUGCUUCUGCCCUAUCAAUAAUUGGUAUAAAGGAAGUAUAUUAUGGUUGUGCAAAUGAUAAGUUUGGUGGAUGUGGAUCUAUAUUGUCGCUUCACUUAGGUAGCGGGGAGGCACCUACAAGCGGUAAUGGGCUAGGAAGGGGGUUCAAAUGUACUGCAGGAAUAAUGGCAUCAGAAGCAGUUGGUCUCUUUCGAAGUUUUUAUGAGCAGGGGAAUCCCAAUGCUCCAAAACCUCACAGGCCUCUUGUUAACCAUCAGGCAGGCCAAUGAGAGGCUUUUGAAAUGAGGUUACUUUUGGUUACGAUUCUGUUCCUGUCGAAACAGACAUUAGCAGUGAGAAGAGCUUUUGAAUUCGGCAAAGACGAACGAUGGAUGAAUUUCAAUGCACAUUUAGUACCCGUCUCAAACAAUAUCAGUUUUUGAGCUUGAAGAUGCCUACCUCGAGGUUAUGAUAUACAAUAUCUGUCCCCUUGCCAUUGGAACUGCUACCUGAACUAGUCCUAUACGUUCACAUAUUGAUUCAAACUCGAAUUGUAAUUAAAUCAUUUAUAUCUACUAUGAAUCAGUUUUCAGCUUCAAAUGUUUGCAAAUAGAUAUAGUGGCUUACAACAAGAGGAGAACUAUUUUAUUGUUGUCCAAUGCUGCUUGGUUGAAGCAUUCUGAAUUUAUUCAAAUGCGGUAGUGAAUUUGAAAUGAGUGGUUUUGUACCACUCUUUUGAACUUGAAUUAGUGUCAUUUAUGCAAAACUAUGGAGAGCCAGAACUCAAAUGAAAGGGGGAUAGGAAAUUCAGA